AAUGUACAAAAGCAUUUGAACAACUCAAAGAAGAAAUGAAAAGAGAAUUGGCUCUAUCAUUUCCAGACCCGAAUCAACUAUUCUUUAUAGAAUGCGAUGCUUCGCAAGAAGCUAUAGCCGCAAUUCUAUAUCAAGAAGAUUCUGAUUGGCAACAUUAUAAAAAGUCGAAACAGGAACUAUUCAAAGAAGAAUUUAGAGAUUAUUCCAAACCAAUCAAGUCAGGAAGAUGA